AAGGCUUUGUUUGUUCAACAUGGGUGCCAGAGGGAUGACUGGACUUUUAUUAGUGACAGAAUGAGGGGAGUAGAAUCUGCUUUGUAUGAUGUUUUCCCCAAAGCAGUCAGGAGGGUCUGUGCUCAGCAUCUGUAUACCAACUGCAGACAAGCUGGAUACAGUGGCACAGCCUUCCAUGACUUGUUCUGGGUUGCUGCUGAUGCAUACAAUCCAUAUGUCUUCAACAAAGCCAUGGAAAAGAUUGGCAAACUCAUCCCAGAAGCAGUGGGAUAUCUUGACAAAGUGCCUGAACAGUGGUCCAGACACAAGUUUGAUGUUGGGGUCACUUGUGAUCACAACACCACCAACUUUGUGGAAUCCUUCAACGCGUGUACCAAACCCUUUAGGGAUCUUCCUGUUUUGUCACUUCUUGAAGAAAUAAGGUCUUGGUGCAUGACGAAGAUCGGGGCCAGAUUUGAUAAAGCUGUUGACAUUGGACCCGAUCAAUUGACGCCAUAUGCUACUAAGGAGCUUGAAGAGCGGAGUGCUGACUCGAGGUUCUGUUAUGCAACUAAUGCUGGGGGGGGUGAAUUUGAGGUUUUAGAUGGUCAUGUGAAGUUCCCUAUUAGGCUUGCUGCUAGAGUUUGUGGUUGUGGGAAAUGGCAAGGGUGUGGUAUACCUUGCAAGCAUGCUAUUAGGGUAAUAUACCAUCAAAGACUCAAUCCUACAGAUUUUGUUUCUCCUUACUUCAAAGGGGCAGCCUAUAAGCUCACAUACUCAGAGCAUAUUCACCCCAUGCCUGACUCAACACAGUGGCCUACAUUUGAGCUACCUAGGAUUCUUCCCCCACUAAUGAGAAGGGCAGCUGGCAGACCAGCCAAGCAGAGAAGAAGAGGUGCUCAUGAGAAGAAGAGGGGGAAAAGAAACACCACUGUCAAGUGUGGGAAAUGCAAGCAAAUUGGGCAUAACUCAAGAACCUGUAAAGGAGGUUCCACUGCAAAACAGAGGAAAGAAUCUGCUGCAGCUGCUGCUGGUUCUGCUGGUGCAUCAACAUCUGGUGCUAGGAAGAGGAAGGCUCCAACAUCUAAUGCAUCAAGCAGCAAGAAGUCCAAAGCUGCAUAA